GCGGCCGGUCACCCACGCCACGCCGCUGCUGUUCUUCCUCGCGCCCCCUCCACCCCUUCUCGCUCGUAGGUGCCGCCGGAGCUUGCUUUUGGGGAGGUCGUGCGGCAUGAUCUGCUGACCGCCCCCAAAUCAACCCCGCGCAUCGUCGUCGUCCAGUCCGGCGAGGAGGAGGAGGGGAGGAACCAGAAAUGUCUUGCUGCGGAGGCGCCGAGGAGGACAGCUACGGCCCGCCGGCCAAUCAGGCGGCUCCACCACCCAAUGCCAACGCCCCCGGCAACAGAGGCGGGCCGAGGGGCCCGGGCGCGCCCAGGACUGGGGGGCCCGCCAAGCCCGUCAGCAUCGACGUGCCUGCCAUACCCUUCGACGAGCUCAAGAAGAUCACCAACAACUUCAGCGACCGCGCCCUCAUCGGCGAGGGCUCGUACGGCCGCGUCUACAACGCCACGCUCAGCGACGGCCGCGCCGCCGUCAUCAAGAAGCUCGACCCCAGCGCCUCGCAGGACUCCGACUCCGACUUCGCCGCGCAGAUAGCGAUGGUCUCCAAGCUCAAGAACGAGUACUUCCUCGAGCUCCUGGGCUACUGCUUAGAGGAUGGCAACCGCAUGCUGGCCUAUCAGUUCGCCACGAUGGGUUCCUUGCAUAACAUUCUACACGGGAAGAAAGGAGUUCAGGGCGCCGAGCCCGGGCCGGUCCUGAACUGGAUGCAGCGAGUGAAGAUAGCUUACGGAGCGGCGAGAGGGCUAGAGUACCUCCACGAGAAAGUCCAGCCGUCGAUCGUGCAUCGAGACAUCCGGUCCAGCAACGUUCUCAUCUUCGACGAGUUCAGCUCCAAGAUCGCUGAUUUCAACCUGACCAACCAGGGGACCGACACCGCUGCCCGGUUGCACUCCACUCGUGUGCUAGGGACGUUUGGGUACCAUGCCCCAGAGUACGCUAUGACGGGCCAAAUCAACCAGAAGAGCGACGUCUACAGUUUUGGCGUGAUUCUCCUGGAGCUACUGACAGGAAGGAAACCGGUCGAUCACACCAUGCCCAAAGGGCAGCAAAGUCUUGUUACUUGGGCCACUCCAAGGUUGAGCGAAGACAAAGUAAAGCAGUGUGUUGACCCCAAGCUCAACAGCGACUACCCUCCAAAGGCUGUCGCAAAGCUGGCAGCAGUUGCAGCGUUGUGCGUCCAGUAUGAAUCCGACUUCCGACCGAACAUGACCAUCGUCGUGAAGGCGAUCCAGCCGCUUCUAAAUGCUCCUAAACCAGCCGCUCCAGCAGCGCCGCAAUCCUGAUCGAUCAGAUGAGAGAAUAAUGCAUCCUUGCUCCAUCAGUCCAGCGCCUAUGCUUCUGUAAAAAACCACUAAUCUACCAGUACUGCAGGAUACAUAUAGG